AUGGCGUUUUCGACGAGUAGUAUUAAAACGAGCGCUACGAACAACAACAACAACGGCGAAUACGUUUAUCUCAACGCGCUUUGUUCGUGCGGCGUGGCAUCCGUCGUGUCUUUAUAUUCGUGUUAUUAUUAUUAUUCGAGGUACAAAUGCGAGCGAUUUGCAAAAGAGGAAGAGACGGUUGGAACGCAGAAAAAGUGCUUGUUUUCCAGACGAUCUUACUCUAAAGAAAAAGACUCCUCUCUUGAUAAAGAAAAGAAAGUGAUGCUGGUCAUCUCGCACCCGGACGACGAGGCGAUGUUUUUCGGACCGACGUUAGAGAGUUUGAAGAAGACAACGAAUGUGAUUACGACAACGAAAGUCUUUUGUAUUUGUCUCUCGAAUGGAAACGCCUCUGGUCUCGGGCAAACGCGAGCGAAAGAAUUGAAAAAAUCAACACUAGAGGUGUUCAAAUUGGACGGUUGCGUGAUUGCGGAUUCAGAGGAUUUACAAGACGGGAUGGAGAACGCGUGGCCUUUGGAGGAAAUAGCGAACGUGGUGCACGAGUGCGUGCAACAUUAUUCGCCGGAUGUUAUAUUGACGUUUGACGAGCGCGGCGUGUCGAAACACCCGAAUCACGUGCAGACGCACCGAGGGGUGAUGCGGUUUAUAGUGGAAGCCAAGUUAGGGGCGAUACCGAACGUGGAGUAUACGGAAGAGAAUGUGCCAGAAGUGUGGGUGUUGGAGACGACGCCGUUUUAUAGGACGUUUAUGGGGGCGAUGGAUUAUUGGGCGUCGGUUAUUACCACCACCACGAGGAAGAAGAAAGGUAGUAAAAAUACCAGUAAUGAGAGUAGUAAUAGUAAUAGUAGUAGUUUAGCAGCGGGAGCGUCCUCAACGUCUUCCUCCUCGGUCAUGUUUUGCUCGAGGAAUCCUUCGUUAGUUUUGGAAGCGAUGCGGACGCACGCCACGCAAUGGGUUUGGUACAGAAAGUUGUACGUCGCGUUUUCGAGGUAUUCGCUUUUGAACACCUUGCGAAGGAUGGACGUCGGUCCACCUCCUUCGCAACAAGAGAAGUAG